UAGACCGAGCCCAGAGGCAAAUGCCGCUCCACCUCCCCAGCAGCCAAGCACCCAUCUCAGCAAUGCUGCUUCUCCGCCGGCCGCCGUUCCUGCUCGCCUUCGUCCUCCUCGCAUCCUCUGCAGGUUCCGUGGUGCCGGCGUCGUCGCCGGUCCCCUCCACGGGCAGCAGCGACACCGACCGGCUCGCGCUCAUCUCCUUCAGAUCGCUCGUACGGAGCGACCCGUCGCGGGCCCUCGCGCCGUGGGGCAACCUGUCCGUUCCGGUGUGCCGGUGGCGCGGCGUGGCGUGCGGCCUGAGGGGCCGCGGCCGCGGCCGCGUCGUGGAGCUGGCGCUCGGCGAGCUCAACCUCGCCGGCACCAUCUCCCCCGCGCUGGGCAACCUCACCUACUUGAGGCACCUCCGCCUCCCGUCGAACCGCUUCCACGGCGUCCUGCCACCGGAGCUCGGUAACCUCCACGACCUCCAGACUCUGAAUCUGAGCUACAACUCCAUCCAAGGGAGGAUCCCACCGUCGCUGUCGAACUGCAGCCGCCUCGUCAGCAUCAGCCUCUAUGGUAACAAGUUGCAGGGUGAGAUACCAAGCGAGCUCAGCUCGCUGCACAGUCUCCAGAUUCUCAGCCUCGGCGAGAAUCUACUGUCAGGAGCAAUACCGACUAGCAUCGGAGGCCUUGUGAAUCUGAGAAGGCUCGCCCUACAUCGGAACAACCUGACAGGAGGAAUCCCAUCCGAGAUAGGCAGCCUUGUGAAUCUCGUCGCGCUGGCUCUGGUUUCGAAUCAGCUUUCUGGAACGAUCCCUGCUUCGCUUGGAAACCUCUCGGCAGUGACCACUCUUAAUCUUGAGGACAAUAAACUGGGAGGAAGCAUCCCACCACUGCAAGGCCUGUCGUCUGUCAAGCAUCUUCACCUGGGACAAAACAAACUUGAAGGAACCAUACCUCCAUGGAUAGGAAACCUUUCUACACUAAUAAGCUUAGAUCUUCAGAAAAAUGGUCUAGUGGGCCAGAUCCCUGAAACUUUAGGAAACCUUCAGCAGCUCGAAGUCCUUUCUCUCGCAGAGAACAGUCUUUCAGGCUCCAUACCCGGUGCACUUGGAAAUCUCCAUGCCCUCACUGGACUUUAUGUAGCAAUUAACAAACUCGAAGGACCAUUACCGUCUUCACUGCUCAAUCUCUCUUCCCUUGAAAUGCUAUAUGUAGAGUACAACAACCUGACUGGGGUUUUUCCGCAUAAUAUAGGCAGCAAGCUUUCAAAACUGAACUAUUUUCUUGUAUCAUACAAUGAAUUUCAUGACGUGCUCCCAUCAUCCCUGUGCAAUGCCUCCCAGCUCCAAGUUAUCCAAACAGUAUACAACUUCCUGUCAGGAACAAUUCCCCAGUGCUUGGGAGCUCACCAGAAGGACCUAUAUUCUGUGCACCUUCUAGGAAAUCAGUUUGAAGCAACCAAUGAGGCUGACUGGGGCUUCCUGACUAGCCUAACCAACUGUAGCAAUAUGCGAGAGUUAGCUCUUAAUAGCAACAAACUCCAAGGUGCGCUGCCAAAUUCAAUUGGUAAUAUCUCGACACGAUUGGAGUAUCUUGAUAUAUCACACAACAAUAUUACUGGGACACUAACGGAAGGAAUAGGAAACCUCAUCAACUUGGAAAAAUUUUACAUGGACCGUAAUACUCUCAUAGGCAUGAUUCCUACAUCUCUUGGCAACCUCAAGAAGUUGUCUCAGUUAUAUUUAUCAAAUAAUGCCUUUUCAGGAUCCAUCCCAGUAACGCUUGACAAUCUUACACAACUUACUAUCCUUACCCUCAGUUCAAAUGCAAUCAAUGGAGCUAUACCUUCUGUUCUAAACAAAUGUCCUUUAGAAGCGCUGGAUCUUUCUUACAACAAUCUUUCUGGUCCUAUACCUAAAGAACUAUUUUCCAUAUCAACAUUGUCAAGUUUCAUUAAUCUAGCACAAAAUUCCCUAUCUGGGACUCUACCAUCAGAAGUAGGAGAUCUCAAAAAUCUCAAUCAACUUGAUUUUUCUAAUAAUAGGAUUUCUGGUGAGAUUCCAGCCUCCAUCGGUGAGUGUCGAAGCUUGGAAUAUCUCAAUACAUCUGGAAACCUCCUACAAGGAACAAUUCCACUAUCACUUGGAAAUCUAAGAGGCCUCCUGGUGCUUGAUCUUUCCAACAAUAGUUUAUCUGGAAUGAUCCCUGAAAUUCUUGGCAGCCUUCCAGGGCUUUCCUCACUGAAUCUAUCGUUCAACAAAUUCCAAGGUGGAGUUCCACAAGAAGGGGUAUUUCUCAAUGCAACUGCGAUCUUGAUCACUGGAAACAAUGGCCUGUGUGGUGGUAUCCCUCAACUGAAAUUGCCACCCUGUUUGAACCACACCACCAAGAAGCCAUCGCGGAAACUUGUCAUGAUAGUUUCCAUAUGCAGUGCUUGUGUUUUUAUUACAUUAGUAUUUGCACUGUCUGCAUUCUACAGAAAGAAUGAAAAAGUAAAAGCAAACCUACAGAGUUCAGUCAUCUGUGAGCAACACAUGAGGAUAUCUUAUGCUGAAUUGGCCAACGCAACUAAUGGUUUUUCACCUGAGAACCUCAUUGGGGCUGGGAGUUUUGGUUCAGUCUACAAAGGUAGAGUGAGAGUUAAUGAGCAGCAUGUAACUGUCGCUGUCAAGGUUAUAAACCUCAUGCAACGUGGCGCCUCUCAAAGUUUUAUUGCAGAAUGCAAGACUUUAAAAUGUGCUCGACACCGAAACCUUGUGAAGAUAUUGACAAUCUGCUCAAGUAUUGAUUUUCAGGGCCAUGACUUCAAGGCCCUCGUGUAUGAGUUUAUACCUAACGGAAAUUUAGACCAACGACUGCACCAACAUAUUAUGGAAGAUGGUGAACAAAAGGCACUAUAUCUGAUUGAAAGGCUACACAUUGCAAUUGACGUGGCAUCCUCACUUGAUUAUCUUCACCAACAUAAGCCGACUCCAAUUAUUCAUUGUGAUCUUAAGCCAAGCAAUGUUCUCCUAGAUAGUGACAUGGUUGCCCAUGUUGGUGAUUUUGGGCUUGCAAGGUUUUUGUAUCAAGACUUGGAGAAAUCAAGUGGUUGGGCAUCAAUGAGAGGAUCGAUUGGUUAUGCAGCUCCAGAGUAUGGAUUGGGCAACGAGGUCUCCACCCAUGGUGAUGUCUAUAGCUAUGGCAUAUUGUUAUUGGAGAUGUUCACUGGAAAAAGACCAACAGAUAAUGAAUUUGGGGAAUCCAUUGGGCUUCACAAGUAUGUUCAAAUGUCACUGCCAGAUAGCAUGGCUAGUAUCAUAGACCAUCAACUACAAACAGAGAUGAUGGAAGGUGACCAAGUCAGAAACUCGAACUCAAACAGUAUUAGAGAAGCGAGAACUGCCUGCAUCACUUCAGUUCUGCAAGUUGGGAUUUGGUGUUCGGCGGAGAUGCCGACGGAUCGCCCACCAAUUGGAGAUGCUCUGAGAGAGUUGCAAGCAAUUAGAGAUAAGCUUCAGAGCCACAUGUCUGUCCAAGGGGCAUCACCAAACCGCUGAGACAUUCCAAUAGCUUUCUGGUGCAUGACAUCUUGAUGGUUGCAAGCUGCACAGGUAUGCUUUGCAAUUUGGGCGAACCCUUGCAACCAAGGGUAGUAUUUCCAGAAAGGCUUGGUCUUGUUCCAAAUAAGAGAGGCUUCACAAGAACUUAGCCAGAGCAGGUGAGCCAAGGCAAUAAAGCCUUCAAGGCCAUCCAAGGAGUGGAGGCUGAAGUUCGAAGUUCCUUGCUAAAUUGGUGCUCGUGAAGGCUCCAUCUUUGUUCCACAUAACUGUAGUUCUGUCGAUUUCAAAGAAGGGAACGCUCGGUUCCGACUUGUUAUUAACCACAAAACUGGCCUGCUCACUUGCAGUUGCAUCUAGCAGGCUUUCAUGUCCAACCGAGUUCUUCUUUUGUGGUUUCUUAUCUUCAUCUGAAACCGUUUUCCC